GUUGGAGAGCGCGCCGGAAUUCGAGGGAUUCAGCGCGUGCACAGUUGCUAAGGUAACUUUCACCGGAAGUUUACAUUGGUGUUGAGAGAAGGUUGGUGAAAGCUGUAACGUGAACAAAAUGUACGACGGCGAUGAAUCUGAGGGCCCUAAAGGAACUUUUGAAAUAUACAAAGCAGAAGCAGAUUCACUUUUUAAGCAGGGAGAAUACAAGAAAUCUAUAGAUAGCUACACAAUCGCUUUAGAGUUACAGCCUGGAGACAAGAACUGUCUGGUCUGUCGGUCCAAAUGUUACCUACAGCUGGGGGACACACAAAAUGCCUUGGUCGAUGCAGAGGCCUCAUUAUCGGAGGAUAAAACUUUCCACAAGGGAGUUUACCAGAAAGCCCAGGCCCUAUACUACCAGGGAGAUUUUGAGAUGUCCCUUGUCUUCUAUCACAGGGGACAUAAACUCAGACCAGAGCUACAAGAAUUCAGGCUGGGUAUACAGAAGGCACAGGAGGCCAUUGAUAAUUCAGUUGGAGCCCCAGACAAAGUGCAGUUGACAACUGAAGGGGAUUUAUCAUUCUUUGCAAAGCAAGAUGAUAAAAAGAUAAAGAAGCCCACCUACAACACAUAUGGCCGUCCUGGCAUGCAGACCCAGAAGAAGCUGGAGAUCAGCCGCCCUGCCGGGAAUGAGAAGACGAUCAAACAACUACUGGGGGAGCUGUAUGGAGACAGACAGUACCUAGAGAAACUACUCAAAGAAACAGAUCCCAAUACUCCUGUGGGUAAGACCAUUUCUGGGCUGGUUUCCCAGGGCCUUAACUAUCUAGACACCAGAACCGACUUCUGGAGACAGCAGAAACCAAUGUACGCCCGUAAACACGAGAAACAGAUGAUGAGGAGAGACAACCGAACCGAACAGUCGAGCACAGGAAAACUGUCACCAAACGACUACAUCAUCAGGGAGCUGGAAA